AUGAUGAUGGAAAGCUUUCGCUCUUGCAUCGCAGCUAUGUUUUGGAGCCUUGUGCUGCUACUAUUCCUGGUUUACAUGAGUGCGCUCCUCUUUUCACAGGGUGUUUCAGACGCUUUGACCGAUGCGAGCAUGGAUGAGCUUGCGCAGCAGCAGGUCAGGGAUCACUUCGGCUCUGUCAUCCAGACGAUGCUAUCCUUGUACAUGGCAGUCACUGGUGGCAAUGACUGGUCUCUGUAUUACCAUCUUCUGGGUCACACUGGUGUGUACCAGUACUUGUUCUUGGGCUACACAUUCUUUUUCGCAUUUGCGAUUUACAACAUAUUGACCGGAAUCUUUGUAGAGCGGGCAGUGGCUGCAAACUUGCCAGACAGGGAGCAGCAGAUUCUCCAGGAACGGAGGAAGCUUCUUGAACAGGCAGAUGAGCUGCGAUACCUUUUUUCCUGCCUGGACCUUGAUGCGUCCGGUCUCAUCUCAGUGGACGAGUUCUUGAAGUGCAUGAAGAACCCUCGAAUUGUGGCAUACAUGUCCAGCGUGGGCGUGAGUGUGCACGAUGUGGAGUACCUCUUCCGGGUUGUUGCAAACGAAAACGAGGAAGUGGAAAUCGAUCGCUUUGUGGAUGGCUGUAUGGCCAUAAAGGGCUCUGCCACAGCACUGGACAUGCAAAAGCAGAUGUAUCACAUACAGCAGCUGUCCUCAACUUUGAAGAGUUGGGAAGAGCUGUACUGGCCUGUGCUAAUGCAGGCCAUGUCCCAGUGUGGUCAAGCUGAAGGCGUGCGGAUGAGCUUAUGA